AUGUGCAUCAUGUUUAGAAACAAUAAAAUUGGUUCUAUUGGCAUCUUAGACUUAGGUUCUGGUUUAGUUAAUUGCUCUAAUCUCUCAAAUUUGACACUUAAUUUUGGUCAAAACCAAAUCAAUGAGUUUGAACAAUUGAAAGUAAAGGGUAAGUGUCUUAAAUCAAAAAGAUUGGUUGUCUUUAAAACAAUAAAUAAAAUGGUGAAAAAAGAUUGA